AUGGUGUGUCUUUGCCCAUUCAGACAGCAGCUUGAGAAGGAUGAGCAGUUACCAGCACAACAUCAACACAAGGGACAGCAAGCCCAUCUGUUCAAUGUAAGGCAUUUACCACUGAAUGAAAGCACAGUUGGAGGUAGGAAAAAAAAGGUUCACUGAACAGCAGUUGGAUCCUUGGGCAAGCCUGGUUAUUUAUAAAAUGAUAUGUGAACUUCCUUUUGCAACAACACUGCAGCCAGAAGAAUUGAAACAUUCUGACCUGCUACCAAAAUUAAGCGAUUUUAUUGAGUAAGUGAUGCUUUGUCUGGCACAAUGAUGGUUCUGUUCUCUUAACCUUGCAAGCAUUUAAUGACAGGUUGAGAUGAAGUCGAGUGGACUAACAAAACAUCAAUUGCAACAGUAAGUGACCUCUAUCAACUUACAGUCAUGCCAUUUGGGCUCUGUAAAGCCCCUAUAUUUUUGGAGACUCAUAGAAUGCAAGCUGACUGGACACCCAUAGAAGUUGAGUCUUUUAGUCUGUACCUGGAAGCCAUAAACCGUUACUAUUAG